CGCCGGUCUGGCAGCAGCAUCCUUGCCCACAACUGCUUAGUGGAAUAGCAGAGCUGGACGUAUACCGUAUUCCGCAGCCGUGGGAAACGAUCUGUUAAGUGCACUCAAGGGGACAACAGACAUUCAGAAUUGAUUGCCUAUUAACUUAGGCACAAACUCUCAGAAAGAGAAGGCGUGAGUGACAUGAUGACAUCCCCUUCUUUUCCGUGUGGUAAGAUUCACAUUCGGGAUUUAUGCUCCUCUAUGACAAAGAUGGAUGAAGAAGAAGUUUUGGGAUUGACGCCCUCCCCUGCCCCGUCUGGCAGCACCACUCUGGAGCAUUUCAGCGGCGGUGGAGUCGUCGAAACCGAAGAUAGAAAUCAACUGGUGUUUGGGAUAAAUGAUGAAAACUACUUCCCCGCAGUCGAAGAAAGCAUUUGGGAGGAAACAUCAGUCGGCGAUAUCUACAAUGCUGAUGGGAUGGAGAGCGAAGCAAAUGACGAAAUGUCUCGCCCAAAAACUGCUGUCAAUGGAAUGAUGCCCCACAGUGUAAUUGAUGUCAGAAACCUGGUAGAUUUCCUGUCAGGGUGCCCAUCAUUUUCUUCUUCCCUCAGGACUCUACAAAUACACUUUCAAGGUAAACUCUGUGACAAAGUGAUAACCAAAUACCCUAAUAUCUUUGCUUGGAAGGAGGACACAGUGACAUUGCAACCUCUGUUGAAAAUCUGCGAAAAACACAAUGGUUUUCAUGGAUGUGAAAAUCAAGAUAAAUGCAACGAACUACACAUAUGUAAGCAGUAUGUGAUGGAUAAAUGUCAAGAAACCAAUUGUGUAUUCAGUCACAAAUGGGAUGUGGGUGGCAAUUUCGGUAUCCUUGAGAGACUUUACAUUGACCACCUUCCUUUUACAACUCUGCUCAAGUUAGCAAGGGCUUAUGAAACUAUGCCAGUGCCGAGUUUACUUGAAGUAUGCCAGAGUUAUAAUGGUAACGGCUGCUUCACCGUUCCCUGCCCAUCACUCCACAUAUGCAAAACUUUCUUUCUUGCUCUAGCUGGGAAUGUAGCGUCUGAGUGCUCAGACACCUGUACGCUUAAUCAUGAUAUUCUAGAUCCUUCUUGCAGUACCAUUUUGUCGUUAAACAAAGUACCAACUAAUGAGACUCCAAGAGACAUAUCUAUAUUCCUCAUUUCGACUUACCCAUCAUUGUUACCUCAAGGAAUGAGAGCUGUAACAAGGAAAUCCCUUUUCUCACAGAGUGAAGUAGAAUCUAAAAGGAACACCAAGACUGUAUGGUCUCACUACUUGCACGGGGAUGUAGAUACUUGUGAGAUUUGUUAUAAAUCGGUUGAGGACAUUUGUCCUUUUGAGAAGACUGGAUGCAAACGACUUCAUUCUACCAAUCAUUUUCAUUGGCAGUUUAGUGCGGAUGGCAGUCACUGGUUCAACUUGAGGGCAGACCAAGUAAAGUGUCUGGAACGAGCAUAUUGUGAUCCAAGUAAAGACAGCAUUAAAUUGCCUCGCCUCGAUCCCGCAACACUGGAACGAUCUCUCAAGACCCUCUUCACCAUAAUGGGACGGGCCUCAUGGUCCUGUGAUUUUCCUGCUAUGACCUUGACAAAUUCAUCAGGAACCCAAACGCUUCAGUUACGGCGUUUGUGUACUGAAACUGUUCCUGGUGUAAUAUUAAAGCCAUCUACAUAUGUAUGGUACUGUUGUGAUAAGAACAAACGGUGGGUGCUGUAUGAUAAUACAGACACACUUGGAUAUAACAACCUUGCAUUUAAUAUUUCUUCAGAAGUAAUAGAAAACCAUUACAUUUCAGAUCAAGUGACAAGUUUGUCAUUGUCAAACUUCCAUUUUGAUUACAUCUUAGACUUCAACAGCAUGUCCCAAAUAAAUCAAACCACAGGGACACGUCAGAAAAUGAAGAGGAGACCUGAACCCCACCUUGAAGAGGAAGAAAUGGAAGGUUUGCCAGAAUCAUGGAAAUUAGUAUACACAAUUCAACACGCACAUCGGAUUGUUCUUGACAGAGCAUCUCCAGAGUUCAACAAAAUUAUGAAUCUUUUUCACCAAAACAAAGUUCUUCAGAUUAAAUGGUUAAGAAUUGAGAGAAUUCAGAAUCCUUACUUAUGGAGUGCAUAUCAGAACAAAGUACGGGAAAUGACUGUGAUUUAUGGGAGCACAGAAGCCGUAAAUAUACAAUAUCUCUUUCAUGGCACAGAUCCCCUUUCCGUAAACAAGAUAUGCGAGGAAAACUUCGACUGGCGUUUAAAUGGCUCCAAAAAUGGUCGGGCGUUUGGCUGCGGUACUUAUUUUUCAACCAAUCCACUUUCUUCUCUUCAAUAUAGUCAGCCUGACCAAGUGGGCCAUCGCUAUUUAUUUGUGUCUCGGGUUGCUGUAGGCACAAAAAUAAUAGGGGAUCAGUACAUGGUGAAACCGCCCAUCAAUCCGAUGACGCAGUUACCGUACGACUCCUCUGUAAACAGUGAUUGCAGUCCAACUAUUAUUGUCAAGUAUGACAAACAACACUACUACCCGGAAUACCUUAUUAUAUUAGCUUAGUUAACAAAGAAAUCUCAACCAAGAAACUAAACAGUUACAGUGAUACAUCCAUCAAAAUAUGUUUUAUUAAGAGUGUGUUCAAACCCUUUUUAAGACACUACAAAGUGACAUUGAUGUAAUGUACUGCAUCUAAUAUGUUCAAAGAGUAUGUCUCAAUUGUUUUGUACUCAUAUGGAGAGGAGGACCACGUACUAACGUAUGACUUAUUUUAAGAUACUUGCGAUUACUUGAUUGACUGUGAUUGUUUAUGUCUGCAGAUCCUAUCUGUGAUUUUUUAAUGGGUUAAAUGAUGAGAAUAGUGAUUGAAAAUUUUUAUAGAUAUCAAAAUGGUGGUCUUCAACCACUUUAGUAUAGGAAGUUAUUUGUAGCUGGUGAAAUGAAAUAUUGAAGUGUACGGAGCGACUGAUUAGCAAACUUUUCUUUAUGGAGUUGAGGUGCUAGAACUAACAAGGCGUGAUCCGACCACCAGCUUAUUUGGGACACGCGCAAGGUUUUCCAGUGGCGUAUGAGUUGUGAAAAUUUUACUCCUAACAUAAUGUGAAGUGGCCUUCGUAAUUGAUACUCAUAAAUAGCACCAUUUAUACAACCAGGAUCAAACAUUCUCAGUUAUAAGUGGAAGCACAAAAUAACUGAACAGAGAUAUAGCCAAUAAAUUCAGUACAUCAAAUGAAAUAAAACAUGCUAAAAUCUACAGACAGAUGUCCCGUUAUUUCACCCACGAAAAUGAAGAAAAAAAUACGAUAUACUUGAUUAGAAAUCAUUUUUCUGUAGUGUUUAGUCUGUACAUUAUUUGUUUUUCACAUUUUCAUUCUAAUACAUAAAUCAUAAAUAUCCCAUCCUAAAAUUCCUGUAUCUUUAACUCAACGCGAAACACCUUUUUCAGACCUUUUUAGGUUUUCCCGUAGCAUUUUCCUACUCCCCCAACAACAGUAACAACAAAGUAGUAGUUUGUAGGCCUAUUCCCCGAGUAAGCCAAACAAUCAGACCACCAAGAGGAGGAGGAGGAGGAAAACAGACUAAUUGAACAAUACAUAACAUCAACAACCUUUGAUAAUAACAAAUCACAACAAAGUGACAAUAUAAAGACACUGUUGCAGUGGAACCUGUCAUAGCUGGCUUAAGGUGGAUUAAAUACACACUUUGCGUAAAGUACUCACAGCUUUAUUGUCCCUUCACUGCGUUACAGGUGGUAUAACUUAUCACUUAUGCAUAGUGUUACUAUCCUGAUCUUGGUUGUCCUUUUUGGAUCCUGUUUGUUUACAACUUUACAUGCUUCCCCCUUUUUGACCGGAUCCCGCCAGCAUCACAAAGUAGAAAAAUAGUAAUGUAUCUUAUUGUAUAUUGCUACUUUCAAAAUGCAUAUUUCCCCUCUUUGAAAUGUUAUGUAGAAUUGUGCAACAUUUUUUCAGAUUCCUAGAUAGCUUAGAGAUAGGAUGUUUUAAAAUGUGUGUUCAGAUUUUGCAUUACAUAUUGUAAAAGAAUAUAUAACGUAGAAAGUAAAAAAGAGAGAGAUUUUCUUUGUCCGUUCAAAACUACGAUUGUUUCCUCUAUUAUGUCACACUGUGAGAUUAGAGGAACUGCGAGAUCUCUGUUUGCUUUCCUAAUCUGUCAACACGUUUGAUAAGUGAUCGAAUUGAGUCUUCGCGUUGUUAUCAAAACAUGUCAGUCUUAAUUAUCGCUUAGCCUCCGUGUCGAUCGAGUAGAGUACUGGUUUUUUUUUUUAACAGACUGGACUCAUACAUGUAUGUCUUUGCCGAGUGCCACGUGCAGAUUACACAUUUUGUAUAUAAAGUUGCGUAAGAUUUCAAAGCUUCUAGAAGCUUUGUGCCAAAAAUGUUUUAUGUCAUCUCCUCAGUCCAGUUUUUGCAAGGGAAGAGAAUUACAUUAGAUCUUAGAUUCUCGAGGCGUUAACAUUGCCCUCUCUCUCUCUCUCUCUCCCUCCCUCGACAUCCUUGAGAUUAUAUUAACGUAACGUAAAUUGGUCACCCGUAACUUGAGAAUUUCAUAUUUGAUAUUUCUUAGAGUUUAUUUAGUGUUAAAUAGUGUUUUUGUGGAAUCUGAACAAACAUUGUCGUUGUAACGGCGCCUGGUUUUUGGUAAAGUGAAACAAGACUGCAGCAAAGAAAGAAGUUGGUAUACCAAAAAGGUAAAGUGUGUUAUAUUUUUAUUAGUUGCAACUAAUAUCUAAUGGUUAUGAUGGUUUGGUAAGAAACUAAUAACUAAUAACGGAUAGGAACAGUGGCUAACUAAUAACUGAUAGGAACAGUGGUUUGGUAAAAACUGAUGGUUACAAUGUUUUGAGUGAAAAGAUUUGCACUUUUACACAUUACAAAUUUUUGUGUUUUGUGUUUGUUUCAUUUUGUGCAAUUUUUUCAUUUUCUUGUUGAAGUGUGCAUUUUUAUUUUGAUACUCUCCACAUUUUUCUGUAUUUUCAUUUGCAUUCACAAUUUAAUUGACUUAGUUAUUUUCAUUGCUUAAUCAUUGCACAUUUAAUUAAAUUUAACACUUGUGAAUUAAUUUGCAUUUACUUAGAAUUCUUUUCAAGUUUUAUUGUUGUUUAGCACUUGUGAAUUAAUUUCAAAUUUUCAAUUAUUGCCUAACACUUUUGAAUUUUGAUUGAAUCAAUUUUCUUGAAUUUUGUGAUAAAUUAAUUUUGAUUUAAUUUUACUUAACUUAAUUUGAUUCCAGAAUUAAUUAAACUUUUCUUUGUUUUCAAGCAACAGUAAUUUUCCCUGAUAUUGUAAAUUUCACUUAUAAAUUUUGAGUUUAAUAAUAAAUUUUUAUAUUUAAAAUUUUUAUAAGUAUUUUCAUUUAUAACCAGUAUAUUUGCAUAUGAUUAUGUUAGGUAGAAACAUAGAGUGGUGAUUAAUCUGCUUUCCUUCAAUUUACUUGAAGUGACUUAGAACCAGGGAAGUACUUAGACUUCUGAAAUCAGGGAAAUAUUUAGACUUUUAAAGUUGUUGAUGGAGUGAUGCCCUUUGAUUAAUUUAAUUACUUACAAGAUUACCUCACACCUGUUUUAGUCUGAUUUUCUGCAGUACGGGUAAGUUGUUAAGGGAUCACUGUUGCCUUUAGAGUAUUCAUUCGUUUAAUACCUGUGAUGAGGGUCCAGGUGUCUGGCUUUUGUGAGGUAACAAUAAAUGAAUGGUAAGUGUAGUAACCAGAUACUUGGCACUUCGUAACAAUCUCUAUGUCAGGGUUGUAACAGAACCAUAGCCCCAAGGUGCUUAUCCUUGAUUUAACAGUCGAAGGAAGAACGUGACACUGUUCAGUUUUCUCUGGAAUUAUCCCAUACGAGGAGAACACCCUAAUAAGUUUACUCGCGAUUUCUAUAAUUUUGUUAUAAAAAAAAAUUCCUAAUAAAAAGGAUCAGUGUUAUUUCUUUCAUUCAAACUCCUGAGUGAGCCGUUAAGUCCCACACCAUGACUUGAAGACGAUCGAUGGGCCUACUGAUUUUUAAAUGUAACGGUAAAACAACAUCAGUUUUGAAUUAAAUCACUGCUCCACGGAAUGUCGGUAAAUCACGGGAUAUCUCCAUACUGACUGUUCUUAUUUAUGUCCUAUACAUGGACUUGUGUACCGUCAAUGAUUUCCAGUUACUGGAACACAUAUGCAGCACGACAAAGACGUAAUUGUCUACAGCUUAUCUCAGUAGCUCUAAAUGUUUCAAUUUUUCAUUAUUUUUCAAAGCGGAAAACAAUUCUCAAGCAAAGUAAGCUGAUAAAGGGUAAAUGCCAUGAAAACGUGAAAAGCAGAACUAAUGGGACAGCAAAUAAAAAAUAGAGAUAAAUCCCCCAAAAUCAAGGAUGCCAAAAGGCGAGGCCCGUGAAACAAAGGGGACGCUCAACCGGAGUUACGAAAUCAAGAUAAACUGUCGACGUACGAAGAAAUCUCAGACAAUUUUCAAAGGAAGAAGGGUAGCUGUUGUACCCAACCCAAAAGAGCGAGGAAGCUAAACUGAAAGAUUAAUGUUGAUUGUCAAAGGUUAAGGUCCCAGAGAUGAGUCUGGAAACACAAGAGCAUCGUUUGACUUGCAUGGUUUGCCCUCUUGUUCAUAUCAGGGCAUUUUAAGAGUCUGGCAAAACUAAUAAGAGCAGACUAGAACAGCAUGACGGCAAGAGAAUAGCAAUCCUUCAAUCUGCUGUCGAAGACUUCAAAUUAAAAGUGGCUUGGGUGUGCACUAUAGCAAAUGGUCACUUUGGUUAAUAUUGCCUUCAAACAGAAGAUUAUAUCAGUUUUUUUAAGACAUGACUAUGGCAUAAGCAAAUGAAGUAAUGAUGUACAGAAUGCUUUAUGUGAUUAAAAUCAUCCAAUUAUAUAAACUUGGCCAAAUAGAGCAAUAAGAGUUCAUACUAAUUUUACA